CCCGGCCCCCCAGCCGCCGCAGGCCCGCUGCGCUCCACACGCACCCAGCCGUCUCCGUCUCCUCUGGCGUUUGAGCCGGGCUGUGCGCCAGUUCAAAAUCUAGGAUGUAGAUGAAUCGCCUCGUAGAAGGUUUGCCUAAAAUAUUUCAUACUUUUAGAAAAGACAUGUCUGAAGUGAAAAUAGAUAGAAAUCUGUAUAAAAAUUUAUAUCCAGGAAUUCCAGUGUUAGUACAAACAGAAGAAAGCUGGCUUCAAGAACUGUCUGAUAAAAAGAGCCAAAGGAAGAAAAUAUUCUCUUCAGUCAAGGAAGCUAAAUCUGAAUGUCUGGCUUCUAAGCUAAGAGAAAAAUGGGUAAUUAAUCCAGAAGAGACCAAACUAAGCAUUUUAUGUGAGUUGGAGUUUAAAGAAGACUUCAUAAUGCUGUUUGAGCCUUCCCUAAGAACACUACCCAGUGUUGGGCCACCCCCCAUUCUGGCAUACAGACAAGAGCAAGCCAAUUUAGACAUUAACUUCAAGGAUGAAGAGGAGGAGCUAUCACCCACAUGUGAAUUUUGUGGAAGCAAUCUCCAGGCAUUUCUUUCUAGUGUGGAUUUCAUUCACUCUGAAUCAAAAGCAUGUACUUCCUGUUGUCCUCGAUUUCAAAAUCUGAUUGACUAUAUCUACGAAGAAAAACAAAAAAUCAAAAGCUCUAAACCCGAAUUAAUUAGUAUUAAGCCUCACGAAGCCCAUGGCACUGAAGUUGAUAGAAUGAAGGCAAAAGAAAAAGCCCUGCGGAGAAAACAGGAGCGACAAAUUGCCAAACAUUCCACUGUGGUGCGAAAUGAACAGAUCAGUUUACCUACAGAAGAUUCAAAGAAUUUCAGUACUAUUUCUUAUCAACUUUCUGUGGAUAUUCCAGAAAAAAAGCCAGCUGACGAGGAACCAUUUUAUUUCCAACUAAUACAGAGUAACAUGUCCACUGUUUGUUGUGAUUCUAUGAAAGCAUGCGGAAAGAUUGUGAGGAAUGAGCUCUUUGAGAAGCAUUACAAAAACGGAAUCAAGUUUCUGACUUCAUUUCCAGAUGGAACAACACAAAUAUUCUAUCCAUCUGGAAAUCUAGCCAUCAUCCGAGUGCCCAACAAGAUAAAUGGUUUCAUUUGUAUAGUCCAGGAAGACACACCCACUAAUCCUGCCAUCCUGGCAGUUCUGGAUUCUGCUGGCCAAAUUUCCUGCUACCAUCCCAAUGGAAAAGUCUGGGUAUGCAUCAACGUCUUGGGAGGUCAAUAUUCAGAUCAAGCUGGAAAUAGAGUAAGAGCUUGGAAUUGGUCAAGUUCCAUCACUUCUUCACCCCUUGUUUCAUUUAAACCUGUCUUCUUAGCUUUGAACCAUAAUAUUGGGAUUCGCAUCUUAGAGCAAGACAAGAUUUCCAUCACUUUUCUAGCAGUGGGCCAACAGGCAACAAUCAGUGUUGGAACCAAAGUGAAGAUACCCCACCCCGAGGAGGUUCCAGUCCUCUGGUACCUGAGUGGAGAGGACCUUCUGCUGCUGGCCACUUUAAUAAAGAUUCGACGCCUGUUUCAUAAACUAGAUGGAUGUGUGAAUUUUCCCUCAAGCCAGAUUUGGGAAAAAUUAAAGCAGCCGUCUUACCUUUCUUCACUUUCUCUAAAACUAAUUGCCCUCUGUCAGAAUUCUGGAAUAAAGGAAGAUAAACUUAGAACAAUUACAGAUAUAGUAAAUGAAAACAUUUAAAAAGAAUGAUGAUGCUUCCAUUUACUAAGGGUUGGUUUUUCUUUU